AUGGAUGGACAAAAGGAAAAGAGCCUAAAGAAAGGCAGUGAGGAGACAGAGGACAGGAGGCGUCGGCACGCAUAAAACCAAAACCCCAAGAGGAAAAAAGAAUGGCAAAUUUUACAGGCACCUGGAAAAUGAAAAGCAGCGAGAAAUUCGACGACUUGCUCAAAGCUUUGGGAGUGAAUGCCAUGCUGAGGAAGGUUGCGGGGGCGGCUGCAUCCAAGCCCCAUGUGGAGAUAAAACAGAGCGGCGAGCACUUCUACAUAAAGACCUCCACCACAGUCCGAACCACAGAGAUCAGCUUCAGCAUUGGGGAAGAGUAUAACGAGGAGACGGUGGAUGGCAGAAAGUGUAAGAGCUUGGCGACGUGGGAGACCGAAAAUAAGAUUUACUGCAAACAGACUCUGGUGAGCGGGACUGGCCCGAAGACCUUCUGGAGCCGAGAACUCAAAGGGGAUGAACUCAUACUGAUCUUUGGAGCAGACGAUGUCCUCUGCACGCGGAUCUACGUACGAGCGUAGCAGAAGUCCAUUUUCUUCAAAAUAUGAACAACCUGCCAGCGUCAGAAGCUUCCCGUAAACGCUCUAUUAAUCUGUUCGGAGGACGGUGCAUCUUUGUCUAACUCAGAUCUUCAUUUACAAAUGACUAGUUUCCCCCUUUUGUAUAUCAUUUUUUGAGGCAUUCUCAACAAUCGCUUUGCAUUGCUUUGUCACAAAAAAAACUAAAUAAAAAUGCUCAAUAUAUAUUUAUAUGCUGCAGAAGUUUUGUUUUUUUUAGUCAAAUGACUAACAUAAAAAAGACUUCAGGAUUAUAUACCUAUAAAAACAGGAAGUGGUCAGUUGAGUUUCUAUCUACUCAAAGGAUAGUUUAAUGCCAAACACCAAACUAACACUCAUGUACAACAUUGUAAAAGUCAAGAGAAGUGACAACAUUAGAUGAGGUACAAACAAGAUCUGUAUGUACAAUCAGCCCCCCAGAGCCUCCUGUGUUAUUCUAUAAUAUACACAGUAAAUAUAAAAAUAAAAA